UGCUUAGACCAAAACUGCCUUACUGGGAGCAACCUCAGAAGGCAUGAGAGAGAAGAAGAAGAACUCGAAUAAAUUAAAUUUAAAUUAAUCAAAGACCUUAUAAACACAAGUCACUAAAUACUAAAUUAGUUAGUUAAUAUUUAUUAUCCGAAUAGAUUAUCGGUACGUUAUCUAAAAAAAAAUAGUACAAUAAAAAUGCCAGAAAACUGUUUUUGACCGAAAAUAUUUUUUGAAAAUGAUAUCUGUGCUAAAACAAUGCCAAAAAUUAUCCAAAAAUAAACAUAUCUAUAGAAUAAAUGUGCGGUAUUUCGCCAGAGCAAUUUCAGGAGAUAGAAGUACACCUUUAACUGAUGAUACACUAACUGGGAGAUUCUUAUCAUAUCUGGAUAAUAAUCUUUCAAAAGCUACAACAUAUAAUGAUAAAAUUGGGUUGGUGGCAACAAUAAAGACACAGCCACAAGAAAUCAGAAAUUUUGACACCAAUGGAGUUAACUUAGUAUUAAGUGUGUUAAAUGAUAGAACUGUUAUAAAACAUAAAAAUGAAUUUAAAAGAAUAUUGGAACUGGUUGAUGUAGAAUGUUGUAGCAGACUACAUGAGUUCAGCACUAAGAAUAUAUUUGAUACCUUGACAAAUUUUGUAAAUGCUGUGCCACACCAGAUAACUAAAUGCCAGUUUUUCCAUUCGGCACUAGACUGUUUGGUUAUUCAUAAGGAAAAGUUAAAUAAAGACCAACUGGUUCAUCUAUUGUUUUUCAUAGGAUUUUUAAAAAAGAAUUAUAAUGCUCAAAACAUGAUUAGGCAGUGUUUAAAAUUAUUUGACCACAGUACAAUUAAUAGACUGAUGAAAGAAGAUUUAUGCAUUAUUUGCAACUCUACUUUUAAAACCAGUACUAAAAUAAAAAAUCAUUUACUAUUAGACAAAAUAAAACUAUAUAUUAAUGACAACUUAACCCUUCUAAAUGAUCCUGCUGUCUUUAUAACAUUAAUAAAAACUCUAAGACACAAUCGGUACCAAGAUGAUGAUAUUCUCAACUCCAUUACAUGCACUAUUUUCUUCAAUGGAACUUUAAAGUAUUAUUCCUUUAGUGCCAUGUGUCAUAUAUUGGCUUUAUAUGCUGAUUAUUUAUAUUAUGAUGAAUCUAUUUUAAAAGUCCUAACUGAAAAGUGCCUAAAUGACCUAAAACAUUUAUCAUUUAAAUCCAAAGAUACUUAUCUUCAGGAACAACCUAGAAUGAAAGAUAUAAAAAGAUUUUUGUGGGCAUUAACUAACUUAAACUACAAAAUUUCCCGAGAAGAGAUUGAAGGUAUUAUAUUACCUCAAAUAGAAAUCCGAGUAGAUGCUGGAGAGUUUACAAAUGAUGUAGGAUCAAUGUUUCAAAUUAUUCUUUAUUUGUGGAUGAUGAACUAUAAGGCAUGUGGAUUAAUUGACCAGUUUAUGGUCAAUGAUUUAAUUCAGAAAUACAAAGCUCAAAACCUACCAAAUCAACAAAGUCUAAACCUACUUCUAACAAGUAUUUACUAUGAAGACCCAAACCUCUUUCAAAAAUUAAAAAUACCAUUGGAAGCCACGUCGCAUGUUUAUAAUCAAGAUUAUCAGCUAGCCAAAAGACCUGUUCUCAGGAAGGUUAUUCAAAGCCUAAAGUCAACAUUUCCACAAAACAAGUUGGAUACAUUUCAGAUAAAUUGUCAAGUGCCUUACCUCAAUAUUGUAGGAAUAACAGGGUAUCAAAAGAAGAUUUAUAAAACUGUGAAUAUUGAAAUUUUGGAUGAGUAUACUACUUUGAAAAAUAGUGACAACGUGCCAUCUGGAUUAAUGCAGUUAAAGAUGAGAAUUUUAGAUAAGUGUGAUGAAGCAUUGAUUGUGAUAUGUGAAGAUGAGUUUGCUGGACUGACUGACUUAGAACUGCAGCAGUUUUUGGAAGAUGAAAUAAAUUUAGUAUGCUAGUGUAUUUCUACUACGUAGUUCCUAAAAUUGUUACCUAUGUUUGGCUUUAGGAAUGUUGUUGAUUUUUAAGCUUUAUAAUCUGAGUUAAAAAAAUGAUCAAUGGUCAUUCCAAUGAUUUGCUCAAAAUGUAUUAAUUUAAAGUGUAUUAGAACUGAAUAAUUAGGAAUGUUUUUGUUAAGACAAAAAACAGUAUUUUGUAAUAAGCUUUUAACAGUUUAUUCUGAUAUUCAAAAUGUACAUUAUAAUAUUUAUAUAAUAAAUUAAAGAAUUAUUUAUUUACAA